CUCUAAGUCCAUCCAUGUUGUUGCAAAUGGUCUCGCUUUCAGCAGAAGCACUUAUGGACCCUGCACAGGGCUCUAUUACCUUUGAGGAUGUGGCUGUGUACUUUUCCCAGGAGGAAUGGAGACUUCUGGACGAGGCUCAAAGAUUCCUAUACCGCAACGUGAUGCUGGAGGUCUUUACACUUGUUGUGUCGUUGGGUAGUUGGCAUGGAGCAGAUGAUGAAGAGAUACCGGAGAAGAAUGUUGCUGAAGAAGCAUCACAGGGAAAUACUGCACAGGCCUAUCCCCACUGGGAGGUGUGUAGCCUGGCCUUGGAAGGUGAUCUGCUUUUAGCUGCUGACCUGGGAACAGUCCCUGGGCAGAAACUGUCCGGGGUAUGUGGGAAGCAUCACCAGCUCCAGCAGCAGCCCAGGAAAGGGAAACUCUUCAGCUGGAACAGGGUCCAGGCCUCCUGUAUGAGGAGCUGCAUAGUCCACACAUCAGAGAAGCCCUUUGCAUGCUGGGAGGUUGGGAAGGCCUUUCCCGCUACCCUGGGCAAGCCACCAAAGGCCAGCACAUGUGUGGACGCCUUUCACAGUGGACAGAGGAACUACAAGUGCAGUGACUGUGGCAAGGCCUUCUGCCGCAAAUACAGACUGGUUCAGCACCAGCGGGUGCACACCGGAGAGAGGCCUUACGAGUGCAGCGAGUGUGGGAAAGGCUUUAGCUACAAACACAUCCUUGUCCAGCACCAGCGCACCCACACGGGAGAGAGGCCGUACUCAUGCGGCGAGUGUGGCAAGGCCUUCAGCAACAAACCCACGCUUGUUCGACACCAGCGAAUUCACACGGGUGAGAGGCCUUAUCAGUGCAGUGAAUGUGGGAAAUUCUUUAGUCAAAGCUCCAGCCUUAGUGAACAUCAGAGAAUUCACAGUGGGUCACGGCCUUACAAAUGCAGUGACUGUGGGAAAUUCUUUACCUCCAACUCCAACCUUGUUAAACACCAGAGAGUCCACACGGGAACGAGGCCUUACAAGUGCAAUGAAUGUGGGAAGUUUUUCAACCAAAGCCCCAGCCUCAUUAAACACCAGCGAAUUCACACUGGAGAGAGGCCUUAUGAGUGCAGUGAGUGUGGGAAACUCUUUAGCCAAAGCUCUACCCUCAUUAAACACCAGAGAGUUCACACGGGAGCCAGGCCCUAUAAAUGCAGUGACUGUGGGAGACUUUUUAGCCAAAGCUUUGACCUCACUCAACACCAGAGAGUUCACACAGGCGAAUGACCCUUUGAGUGCAGUGACUGUGGAGAAUUCUUUAGCCAGAGCAGCCAACUCACUCAGCACCACAGAGUCCAUGUCAGGCACAGGCCUCACAAGUGCAGCAAAAGUGGGGAAGUCCUCAGUCAGAGUUCUGUUGUGCUGGAGCCCCAGAAGCUUCACAGCCCAGCCGGGCUUCAAGAAUGCAGCAAGUGUGGGAAAGCCUCCAGCUGACGGCCUCAUCUCAGGCGCCAUGAGAAAGUUCACAGUGGGAAAAGGCCUCAGAAUGAGCUGUCCCUCUAAUACAUACAAGAGGACUUUUGUCAGGGUGUCAACAGCUUGAAGUUCAAUGCCAUCUAUCUGCACAUCCAUAGCGUAGACAUGGCCUGUGAGUGCCAGUUUUGGAGGAAGUUCUUGAGCUGUUACCCUUUCUAAGCUGCCCAGGCUCUUGCCACAUUUAUGUCGCUGAGCCCAUAUGGUGCAUCAGACACCUCACUGGUCACCAACAGGGUAGGUGACCUCUGCUGUACCAUCCCCAGAGCCCCUGGACAUUGUUUUGUCUCUCCCGUCUAACUCGGACAUGGACUGAACAAGGUCUUACCAAGCAGAAGCUGGGGGCUUGCAGAGGUUCACAUAUGUAAUGGAAUUUAUUAGGUUCCAAGUCACUCUGCCUCAGUUUGCUCUGGCUUGUGUCAUGACUCUAAGAAAAGUUAAGCCCCCUUUCAUCUUGGGGGUUUCUUUCACUGGUGUAGUAGGGUUGAGAGGAGAAUUGAACUGUUUCCAGAGGUGAACAGCUUUUGUGGAUGCCCCAAACUCUGUCUGCCUCAGUGGGCAGAGUAUCAGAGCAAGGAAUAUUUUUGCUCCACUCUUUGCCUGGGAUAGAGUACAGGGCUCUGUGAGCUGGAGGUCAGCAUUUUUUUCUUAAUGUGUCAGAGCCCAGUCCACAGCUCAGGGAAGUGCACCACACAUGGGGACCUGCUCCAUUUUCCCCACUGGGGCCAGAACACAUCUUCAGUGGCAGCACUGGGCACCCAUGGGGAAGCACAGGGGCUGACAGUUGGUUUGCUCCACAUUGGAUGACAGAUGGCAGUAGACCCAGGCUUUUCUACCCAGUGAAAUUAGCAGGCAAGGAGCAAAAGCAGGGUGCUUACACCCUUCUCAAAUUAGGGUUAGACAAAAAGAUCGUCAGCUGCCCCCCACCCUCCACAUCUCUUGAUGUCAGGAUUUUUUUGUGGAUUCCAAGCUCACCUGACAAAGAGGGAAAAUGUGAGGGACCACGCGUGUGUUUUGGAGCAAAAUACAUAUUAAUAAUUCCCUUUUACACCUGCGAUUGUCAUGCCAAUUUUAUAAAAAUUUUUAUCCUAGCCAUCAGGUAUGUGGGAACUAUACUUGGUGACUUAAUGGGGAGGGAGAGACACGAAAAAACAAUAAGGAUGUCCAUUUCCAAAGUUGCACCCAUGAAUGUUCCAUUGACUGGAUGUUUAGGAGGUUUUUGCAGAAAUUGUGAGAACUUACAAAAAGCUCCAUAGCAUCUCCGGGCCAGCUGAACCUGCAUAGUGGGGGAAAAGAGAGUGAUAAUCCCACUCUGGAUGUCCCGGCAAAAAACAUCUUUUAUUCCUACUGGAGCAGAGCUCCAUGGCUGAGAGGCUGCAUGGAGGUAACUGCCAAAUUUCUACUUUCCCAAAAGGGGAUUCAGAUUUUGCCGUGAAACCAUUUAUUAUAAGUUCUUACUGGUUUAUAAUAAAGCAAGAUAUUUAAAAUGUACAGUUUUGGUAAGUAUUAGCACAUGUAAACCAUGAAACAUCAAACCCUUAACCAUUCAUAUUUAUCUUGUGAUCUCUGUCCCUGUAUUUCCAGACUUGGAAUUGUGAAUGUGUUUGCUCAUAUCUGGCUGUUCCUUCAUGAUAUAGAUGUGAAUAACUUAUUUUUUUAUUGAUUUUUCUUAAUGAACUAUAUUGUACUGUUUACAUAUACCGCCAUUUCAUCUACUUCUUAAUGGAUGAAUGGGAUUUAGUGGUUUGCAGUUUCAGUAUUACAAAUAAGCUUAUUAAACUCAUCAUGAAUGUGUAUUCCUUACAGUGUUUCAUAUGUGGCAGUGCAAUGUUGAGUCACAAGGGAGAUGAAAUGUUUACAUUCUAAGAAACAUGCCAAACUUUCUAAAAUCGCUGUACUUUUUUGAAUUCCUACCACUACACACUUUUAAAAUAGAAUAAUAAGAAACUAUGACCAUACCAAAUUGAUAUCCCACACUAGGGCUUAAUUGCACUUUCCUAAUGAUUUAUGAUGUUGAACAUUUUUAAUGUGCUUAUUUCAUGAAACCUGUUCACAAUAUUUGGAGGUUUUUGUUGUUGUAUUUUAACUAAGAAAGCAAUAAAAGAAGCAAAUGUAAAGUUCAUUCGUUACCUUUGGUGAGGGGAAUAAAUGUGUUUUUGAAUACUGGAACCAUGGUUCAAUUUGUUA